CCGGCCUCUGGGACUUACGCUGAGUUUGUGCGAGGCGUGCACGCCGAGGCGCCGCGCGUUAUGGGCAGAGGAGAGCCGUCAGAGAAGCAGCAGGACCGGGCCGCGAUAAGGCGCGCAAAGGAGCGGUUCCGGGCGACCGCGAGGCAGCAGAGGAAGCUUCUGGUGGCCGGCGGCGUCGAGGCCCCGCGAGCAUCGCUCCAGCUCCUCGACCAGCUCGUCCAGCACCGGCACGGCUCCGCGCCGUCGUGCAGCUCAGACGCUACCGUGACCGAGCUCGAGCAUAUUGUGGCUGCGACGGGCUUCAACUCGGCGCAGGCGACGCGGACGCUGCUGCUCAAGCAGGAGAUCUCGCACCUGCGCUCGCAGGGCCACACUACCGCCGACGUCAUCUCCAAGCUCGACCACCGGCUCCGCGCAGGGAGCGGCUUGAGACGCCGCUCGAGCGAGCUGGAAAACCACCUCUGGGGUGGAGGAGGGGCGGAGAGACACGCGGGGCUGGGGGAGCGGCAGCACGCGGCGCUCGGGUUCGGGCCUGCGCAUAAAAAGCUCAAGCUGGGCGACGACCGCCUCGGCGCCGCGGUGGGCGGCAAGGGCAAGGCGCCCUGGCUGCCUCCCCCCGACAGCCGCCUCUGGCCGCCGCCGGCGCGCGACGUGAGCGAGAAGGGGAAGCGGCCGUGGGAGGAGGAGCCCCCGCCGCCGGUUAGGGCAGUGCGGCUGCGGCUCUCCGAGAUGGCGGGCGGCGAGGGCGGCCGCUUCCGCGGCCCGUGACGCGGGCGGCUUGCCGCCCGCGCGCGCACCGCGAGCGGUCCACUGUAGCUUCUGUAGC